UCUUCUCCCCAGUAUUACCAGGCGAUGGAGACAUUUGUAACGUCCUGUGCUGGGUACUGUGUCGCUACGUACGUGCUGGGGAUCGGAGACCGACACAAUGACAACAUAAUGAUAACAGAACAAGGUAAUUUAUUCCAUAUUGAUUUUGGUCACAUCCUGGGCAACACGAAGAGGAUUCUGGGAGUGAACCGGGAGCGGGUUCCCUUUGUCCUGACCCCGGAUUUCCUGUACGUGAUGGGCCGUGUGAACAGGCGCCCCAGUCUCUACUUCCACAGGUUCAAGGUGAGGGGCAGGGAGCAGUCUGGGAGUUACAGAGGGUGGGGGACAAUGUCGAUGAUCCAAUGGUAGGGAGGUGGGGGUGGG